GGUGUUCGGGGACUCGGAGACCCGCCGCCGCCGCCGCCACCGCCGCCGCCAAGUUCGGGUGUUCCGGACGGAAACUACCGAAGUCUGAAGUCGGGUGCCCAGGCGCCGGCGCGAUGGGGGCGGGGACUUCGAGGUCGGAGAGCGAAUCCUAGACGGACAGCGUGAUGCUGCCAGUAUAGGGUGGGGUGGGGCAUGAAGUGAGAGAGGGGGCUCGGGCGCGAGCGGGCGAGGUGUGUCCUCGCUCCCUGCGUGCUCGGGGCGUGUGAGCGCGUGCACGCGCCCCGGGGAGGGGGGAGGAGCGCCCUCUGCAGUGCCGGGGGGGAGGGGAGAAGAGGGGCGGGGCGGAUCGCCGGGCCAUGUGCCUGGAGCGGGCCCCCUGGUAGAACGGGGCUCUUCCCCGCAGCACAGCGGGCGCAUCACGAGUUCUGCUUCCCAGGAGUCCCUGGCUACCACAUGAGUCAGGCUUUUUCCCUCCUCUGUCACCUUCCCUGCGCGGAGGAUGCCCACGCCUGCCUGCGUCCCCUCCCCCCACCCCGCUCUCCCUCGGCUCCUCCUUCGCGGCCCGGGCGUGGCGGGGCGACACCUGGCCCCCGAGCCCCGGGCUCCCCUUUGCGCGAGCGGCCCGCAGCUGCCACGCGGCCCCCCGGGGUGCGCGGAGGGAGGCGCCCCGGGCCGUCCGGGCUGCAGAGGUUAGCAGCUGCGGCGGGCGGGCGGAGCGCACGCCUCCGUGCCGGGGAGCGGCUGCCCCUCCCUCCUGCCGGUCUGUCCCGGGGGACAGACCCCUCUCCACAGAAUAACAAAAGAGUCUGAGAAAACUCUCAAGAGUUGAUUGGAUCUUCCAUGGAGAAUUUACAGGAAAAUGUAGCCAAAAAUUCCACAGGUUGAAAAGGUAACCUGAAAACUUGACAAUCAGUUCUCAAGAGCUAGUACCAGCUGACUCCAGAACACCUCCAUCAUCAUCCCACUGGCUCUCCAGGAGUGUUAUUUUUAACCUUGCAGCAAAGACGUCAAUAGUUGGUGUUGGAGCUUGUGAUCCAGAAGAAUUGAAUUAAAA